AUGAGAUCAAAAGUUUGGAAUAUUUUUAUACCACUAUGUGGAAUAUUAAUCAUGAUGCUUCUAAUAUUAAUUUUUUGUUGGAAAAGAAUCUUUCGUACUCGUCCAAUGAUUUUUCCAUAUAGAAAUCCACAAGUUGCGUUGAUAACUCAAGCAUAUUAUCAAUCACGACCUUAUCAAACAGUCUGGAUGUCACCAUCAGUCGAGCAAUUACCACCUUCUUAUUAUUCAGUGACGAACAAUACAACAAUUCCAUCAUCUGUAUCCUAUGCAAAACAGUAA